UUACACUUGUACCGUCUUGGCUGCUGACACAGAACACGAUGGACAACAUCCGCCUUGCCUAUGUGAUUAUUUGUCUCUUGUAUUCCUGCUCGGCUUUGCAGCCGAAUUUCGUCCUUCUCUUCGCAGACGAUUUGGGUUUUGGUGACUUGGGCUGUUACGGCCAUCCCAGUUCCCUGACUCCUAACCUGGACCGGCUGGCUGCGGGGGGGCUCCGCUUCACAGACUUCUACUGCACCAGCGCUGCCUGCAGCCCGUCCAGGGCGUCGUUGCUCACAGGUCGCUAUCAGACUCGCUCAGGUAUCUACCCAGGUGUGUUGUACCCGGGGUCCAGAGGUGGUCUCCCUCUGAAUGAGACCACCAUCGCCGAGGUGCUGAAACCAGUGGGCUAUGCCACCGCCGCUAUGGGCAAGUGGCACCUGGGAUUGGGGGCCAAUGGGACGUUUCUUCCAACCAGACAGGGAUUUGACCAGUACCUGGGGAUCCCAUACUCCCAUGACCAGGGCCCCUGCCACAACCUGACUUGUUUCCCUCCAGAUGUCAAGUGUUUUGGAACAUGUGACGUUGGUACUGUAACCGUCCCACUAAUGCACAACGAAAACAUCAAGCAACAACCAGCCGACUUCCUCAAUCUGGAAGGAGCUUACAGGGACUUUGCAACCAAUUUCAUAAACACAGCCGCGAAGAACAAACAGCCGUUCUUCCUUUACUACCCAUCACAUCACACUCACUACCCACAGUAUGCGGGCAAAGAGGCAGCAGGUCGCUCUUUGAGGGGUCCAUUUGGAGAUGCUCUCUUGGAGUUGGACAGCACAAUAGGAAACCUGAUGAUAACUCUGGAAAAGGCCGGAGUGAUUAACAACACACUUGUCCUCUUCACAUCUGACAAUGGCCCUGAACUGAUGCGCAUGUCGCGUGGCGGACAUUCUGGUCCGCUGAAAUGUGGUAAAGCGACCACAUAUGAAGGAGGCAUGAGAGAACCAGCCAUUGCACACUGGGCAGGGACCAUCAGGCCAGGUGUGACUCAUGAGAUGGCCAGCACUCUGGAUAUCCUCCCAACCAUCGCAGCCCUGGCAGGAGCCCCACUACCCCCUGUGAUGCUGGAUGGCUUUGAUAUGACAGACGUCCUUCUCAGCCGAGGAAAUAGCAAAAGGGAGGCAAUGAUGUUCUACCCCAUAUACCCCAACAAAGCACUUGGCCUGUUCGCGCUCAGGUUGGGGAAGUACAAGGCUCACUUCUACACACAAGGUGCCUACAAAAGCAGUACUACCCCAGACCAGGACUGCUCAGAGCAUGCAGCUCUCAAGGCCCAUGACCCCCCUCUUAUUUUUGACCUGGAGGCCGACCCGUCAGAGCGCUACCCUCUCCCACUGAAAGAGAGACCCGACAUCCAAACCGUGUUGGAACGGAUCAUGAAAGUGAAGGCACAGUUUGAAGCCUCCAUGGUGUUUGGACAGAGCCAGAUGGAAAAGGGAAGAGACCCAAACCUUGCACCUUGCUGCAAUCCCGAGUGUACUCCCAAACCCGGGUGCUGCCACUGCUGACGGAACAAACUAUUGCUGCUGUGUGUGAAGACGGUGAGGAAAAGUCCUGGUUUGUUGCUCCCACGUCAACUUAAAAUUACUACAUCAAAGUACAAUAUCAAUACUGCGAUGAAUGUCAGUUUGAAGUUGUGCUGUGUUGUUUGCUUGCGGAUGAUUAAUCUUCUCUUCAUAGUGAAAAACUAUAUUCCUCAGUGAGGAUUUUUUUAUGAUGUUAAAACUGAGUAUUCUCAAAACUAAUCUAAAACUCCAAAUAAGAAAAAAGUUGAGACAAUAUAGAAAAUGAAAAAAAAAAAAUAUGAGUACUUUCAAAACUAGUGAUUCUUAUAUUUAC